AUGAGUUCUUUGGUCUUCACACCAGUCAUCUUCUUCAUCAUCCCCUUCUACACAAAUGCGGUCACCUCGAGAGUAUAUGACACUACCCUUUUCAUCUUCUUAAAGAUCUCGCCGCCGCUUUCGAUCCAUGGCCUCGCUAUCCGCAACGGCGAUCUCGAGCGUCAGUGCUCGGCCAGGAGCUUCUUCUCGGUCACUGGGAGCGAGUGGGACCUCUUCUCUGAAAUUGGUUUCUUUUUCCAGCCAAAGAAAAAAAGUUUCCGGUCACUUCGCCUUCAGGUUUCCUGUGCGGCCAAACAGGAGACAGUGGAUAAGGUGUGUGAAAUUGUGAAAAAGCAGUUGGCCGUUCCUGAAGGCACUGCUGUUACUGCUGAAACCAAGUUCAGUGCACUCGGCGCUGAUUCUCUCGACACGGUUGAGAUUGUGAUGGGAUUAGAAGAAGCAUUCGACAUCAGUGUUGAGGAAGAGAGUGCUCAAAACAUUGCAACGGUGCAGGAUGCUGCUGAGCUUAUUGACAAACUCGUUGAAGCCAAGUGAACACAAAUAAGGAAGCUCUCUUGCUCUGGAGAGUCCAUAGAGUUCAUAAUUUUUCCAUGAUAGCAUAUUUCUAUAAAUGUUAGGUUCAUGCAACAGCAACACUUGAUGUUAUUGUUGCUCCUGUGCUGCGCCUACUAUUCAUCUUUGUUUGUUUGUUUGUCUGAGACUCCAUUUGUGAGAUGAGUUUAAUCAAUGUGAUCUUUGUUUUCUAAUUUCUUGAA